AUUUCCAUUCAUGAAAGUGAUUCUAACAUGUCUGAAUCAUAACAUACACUUGUCAAAAAACCAUCAUGCAGUUGCAGUGAACAUGAAUUUGUACGUACGUACGACUGAUGAAAAUUUUUAUGCAGACGGAUUUGGAUUGGCUCUUCGUAUAUCCGAAGGGAAUUCACCAUCUUAUGGUAUACAUAAGGGACAAAUACAAGAAUCCAAAUAUUUACAUCACUGAAAAUGGUGUUGCUAAAGCAAGGGAUGAUUCAAUAGCAGUGGAUGAAGCCCUCAAGGAUGGUAUCAGGAUUAGAUACCUUAUUGGCCAUCUUCAUUUCCUUCUUCAGUCCAUCAAGGAAGGUGUUAAUGUGAAGGGAUACUAUGCAUGGUCAUUUUCAGACAGCUUUGAAUGGGAUGCUGGUUACACAGUUCGAUUUGGACAGAUAUAUGUGGAUUACAAGAACAAUAUGAAAAGAUACCUAAAGUUCUCUUGUCUUUGGCUGAAAAACUUCCUUCUCAACUGAUCCAAAUUUGUGGUUCCUUUGGCAUUCCGCGUUCUUUUUCUUGUUUAUUCCCUACUU